AUGCAGAUUAGAAAAUCAAAUAAAGUAGUAGUGAAUAGAAUUGAGAAAGUGAAUUCAGAAUUGUUGACUUUGACUUAUGGGGCCAUCGUUUCUCAAAUAAUCAAGGAUAGUGACACCGUGAUUGAGGCUAACGAAUAAUUGGAGAAGAUGGGUUUUAAUAUUGGACAAAGAAUCAUUGAUGAAUACCUUUCGAAAGCAGAAAUCAAGUAAUGCAGAGAUAAGAUCGACGUUGCAGAGAAUAUUGGAAAGGGAGCCAUGUAAAUGUUUCUUGGAGUGACUGCUGAAGUAGAAGUGUUACCUGAGACUGACAAGAUAUUCACUUUUAACUUGCACUUCACUGAGAAUCCUUUGAAUGAUUUCGUAGAGUUGCCAGAACAUUUGCAAGGACUCAAUUACUCAAAUAUGAUUGCAGGAGCCAUUAGAGGAGCUUUAUCAACUGUAUUGCAUAUAACAAUUCAUAUAUAGAUUCAUUGGAUAGCUACUUGUAGAUUCUUGAAAGAUCAAUUGAAAAAUGAUGAUAAAACUAUUCUGCAAGUGGAAAUGAUUAGAGAGAAGUUCAAAGACGAUGAAUGAUUAAU